AUGCCGCAUUUGAAAGCAUCGAACAAAGAGGAUGCAACAAUUAUCUUAGGAUUGGACCCUUCAUUUACUGGCGUAUUGAGAGGUGUCGCUCAUGAUGUGUCGGAAGGUUGCACAGUCAAGGGAAACUGCAUUGUCAAAGUCAACAAACCCAUCAAAGUGAGAAGAUUCAUUGUUUGGAUGGAAGGAAGAAUCAAGGUGACCCUCAAAGGCACAGGGUACAGUGUCUCCAAUACGGAAGGAACAGAAAGCAGAACACUCUACUCGAAGGAUCAUCAUUUUCUCGGCGAUGAUGGCCAAACCCAUGUGCUGACACCUGGGCAGUACAUUUACCCUUUCAGCUUUGAUCUGCCUGCCAGUCUCCCUGCAAGCUUCCGUGGUAAAAGAGGCUAUGUGCGCUAUCGAUUGCAAGCUGCCAUUUACCGUCCCAUGUUUGCCAGCGAUAUCCAAGUAUCAAGAGAUAUACCUAUCAAGCGCUGUUUGCUGAACGAUCAAACACCAAUGGCUGAAUUGCGUGAAACUUAUGAAGGCAGACAUCACACUAACAAAUUGCAUUAUACCGCUACUGCUCCCAGCAUCUCUUAUCGUGAAGGCGGCCUUAUUCGUCUCAACCUGACCAUGCAGCUUAUCAGACCAGAGACACAGUCGAUCAGAACAGUAACAUGUGCAUUACGAGAGCGUAUACAGUACCGCACGACAGAUGGCCAUGCCAACACCAUUCUCAGUAAAACCGACAAUCUUUUUCCUCUUGGUUACAGCACUUUCUAUCCCAACCAGUCGCCUGACUAUGACCCCAAGGUGAAGGCAGACUAUAAUGCUCUGUUUCGUCUGUGUCCACGGGUGAAUGCUGAUCUGAAUAGCCGUUUGAUGAAGGUGACACAUGCUUUGGUGGUGAAUAUCAUGGUGGAGGACACAUCUGAGGAACCUGACGAUGAAUCAGCGUAUGACACGGAAGCAACUGAAUCGGAAUGGGCAUCAGAGGAUGACCGUGCAGGAGGACAAAGCUCGGAUGUGAAGCAUGCCAUGGAGAGUCCAUCCAGUACACCACCAACAUCUACACCCAAUUCACCUUCCAGUCGACCUGCACUCAGUCGUUCUUCCUCUACAUCAUCAUUGGCUUCCAUCUUCUCCAUCGGUCGAUCUCAUGGUAACAGCAUUGAGGAACUCGCUGCCAAUGGUAGCAUGACAUCUAUUCCCACCAUCAAGAGCUCACGUCGCAGCAAAUCACACAGCAAGCAUCACAAAGACCCCCAUGGACCUCGCUUGACACUAUGUACACUUGAAGUGCCUCUGGUUGUUACAUCCCGAGAGCAUACAUGGACUGAGAAGCCUGCUCCUCCUCCAUCCUAUGACACCGUGGAAGAACCUCCUAGUUACAACACAUCGCUUGAAAGCUUACCUCGCACACCUGAUUAUAACGGUCCUGCUUCUUCAAGAGAAUUGAGGUCUAGGCCUACAACACCCUUAACAGAGGAGCCGCCUGUCGAACCUGCCACACCGCCUCCUGAACCCGUUGAUGAGGAAGAAAUCGAGCACCAUACAGAGCAACAUGAGAAUCAUCGACUCUCCAUGGUGGGUGGUUUAUCCUCAGCUGCUACGCACGCCGCCGCCAAGAUGUUUGCAAAGGCUGGUUUAACGCAUUAG